UGCAGAGCCGUGCUGUGCUGUGCCCUGCCAAACCGCGUCGUGCCGUGCCGAGCCGAGCCGAGCCGAGCCCAGCCCUUCCGUGCAGAGCCGUGCCAAGUGAAGCCAAGCAGUGCUGAGUCGAGCUACAUAGUGGUUAGCCAAGCUGUGUCGAACCGUGCUGAACCAAGCCGGGAGGAGCCCCGACGUUGCGCAAGGCCCAGGGCAGGGCACCGGACCGUACAUAAGGUCGCCAGGUGUGGGCGUUGUGAGGGCAGUGCCAUGGAGCCGGGUUUGCUGCUGCUGUUGCUCCUAACGGCCCCCUGGGGCCAGGGCUGGGCGACUUCGAGGCACGCAUCGGGGGAGAUGGCACGGACAGACCGGACAGACCGUCCCUCCGUGCAACCCGGGGAGCCUGGUAAGUGCCAAGAGAUCAGCAUGACCAUCACGAGCCCCCGUAACAACGUCUGCUCCUCAAAGUGUGCGGGGAGCACAGGAUGCAGACAAGAGUGCCAGCAAGCGAAUGAAGAUUUCCAACCACGGAUUGACCCCGACCCAACGACCAACUGUGUGAACAAAUGCAGAGAUGACGGCAACUGCAGGGGCAGCAGGAAGUGCUGCCGCAUCAGGUGCCGGUUCCGCUGCCCGCAGCCAGUACCAGCCGGACCGGACACCUUCCCCAAGAAGAAGGCGCCACACGCCAUCGGCUGCCGCAACAGCACCUGCAGCGGUGACACCGAGUGCCCCAACCACCCGCCGUGCUGCCCACCCCUGCGCAGGAGCUCCAGGCUCAGCGUCUCUCUGUCCCUGCUGGGCUUGGGCUGCCGCUGGUGCUCUGACCCCAGGCAGUUGUGCCACCUGGCCCCGGAGCGCGGCCCGUGCAGGAGGCGCCUCUAUCGCUACGCCUACAUCCCUGCCUUGAGGUCGUGCCGCGUGUUUGUGUACAGCGGCUGCGGGGGGAACGUCAACAACUUCCGUACGGCGGAGGAGUGCCGGCAGGUCUGCCAGUACGGGCUGGAUAAGCGCUGACCUCCGGACAUCACAGCCCGCCCAGAUCUGCAGAGCCGACCGUUCUGCCCCACACAAUAAAGCCGCCAGGACGCCUGGCUUGGAGCAGCA